AUACAAGACAAAUACUCGUUGUUAUAUUUUUUUUUCUCAAUUACACCUAUUUGUCGCAUAAUCGGCGCGCGCGCAUUCAUUGCCAGUGCAAGGCGACCUUUGGACCCUUCAACUAUUUCAGUAUACCGAGCACAACUUAUUUUUUACAUAACAUAUUUCCUUUUCCUUCAUUAAAAUGAGUGAUGCACGAAGCAAAGAUUUAAUUAAGCUUAGAGGAUCAAUUAAAGGCAAAUUAACAAUUUUUCAUAAUUUCUUAAACACUUUGGAAAGCAUAGUAAAUGUAAAUGAAACUCAAUUUAACGAACUCGACUCGCGUUUAAAUAAAAUUGAUUGUCUACAUAAUGAUUUUGAUAAAUUUCAGACGGAGUUGGAAAUGUUGUCUGACGAUCCCAAUCAAUUAAUGUCAGAACGAGAAGAAUUUGAAAGCAAAUAUUUCGCAUUAGUAUCGACGGCGCGCACAAUAUUGAACAAGUAUCAGCGAGACCGGCAGCGCGCGAUGUCAGUGUCCGAGUCGAGCGAUGGCGGCGUAGACAGAGAAGUGACAGCUUUGGUGAACGUUGUCGCGGGUGACGGGAACCUACACCCCGCGCGACUCUUGCUUGACAACGCGUCCACUGCGCACUUUGUCACGCGCCACCUAUGUGACAAGCUCGGGUUACCGCGGCGUCACGUAAGCUCAUCUGUGACAGUUUGCUCUCAGGCCUAGACAUCAUCGACGAACCAAGAAUCUACAUCAAACCGAGGGAGGACAGUCUUAAUGGAGCGCCCGCAGUCUACAGUCUUCCGAUCUACAUCUUCAGCCUGGCCCGGGCAGUAUGUUCAGUAUUACUGCACCGCCGGCGGGGGAACCGGGCGGGGGCCCUUUCAGACCUCGCCGCCCGCGCGCCUC